UAAUGAAUUAUUUAUCAAUUCUGCGUGUAUACUGUUAAUUUCGUACAAUCGAGUCAGUUUAAAAACACCCUAUAUUUUAUUGCAUUUUUGCAUAUCACUUUAUAUGAGCUUUUUGGCGAUAUAAGACUUGUAGGGUCUAUUUUAAAAUUUGUGAGAUGUUUGCAAAAUAAAAAAUAUUGAUGGUUUAAUUCAGAAAAAGUGAGUCUUGUCACCUGUCACAGUACGAAAUGUUUCUCAGGGUACUUUUACUGAGUUUUCUCAUAGUGUUUGAAGCUGAGUCAAUUAAAUCACCCGACGAACUCGCCGCACUAUUCCAAGAACCCCAAAACAAAAAAAUUAUUAAGAAUAACAACGGCGAGCGUGUGCCCCCUGGAUAUUACUCGUACGCCGUCAUCUUCAAGCUUAUGAAAGAACCAAAAUCCCACCUAUUUAACAAUUCUGAUUUUUUCGAAUCUUUGGCGAUUUGUUCGGGGACUGUUUUGAAUCGCCGAUGGGUCGUAACCAAGGCCUCGCCCAUUGCCUAUUACAAGACCAAGUUAUACCGCGUUAUGGUCCAACCCGAUGGCUCUCAAGCCUCAAACACCUACAAAGUCGAGUCGGUUUUGCUGCACCCUAACCACUUCCCUGGGGACAUCACGACCGACGUGGCCCUAGUCCGGGUCGCCCGAGACUUCCAAUUCGCCCUUGAUUUGCGAAACGCCAAUCUGGGGUUCCCCGUUAUGCCAUUAAACCAGACCGCCUGCAAAAUGCCAGUGUGGUCCUUCUUUUUCGUCGACAAUUCCAACAGUUCGAAGAUUAUGGAAAAGGGAGAAAUUUCACUCACAGUGGUUACAACAGGGUGCCAUACCGAUUUCCUGUGCUUGAAACCGAACAAUUCGAAAGCUCCCUGUAGUUUCAAUAUAGGCAUGCCCAUCAUUUGUAAUACAGUACUGACGGCUGUUUAUUUCGGAAAUGAAACGACAGGCGGCUGCAAUGGACAAUUACCAGAGAUGGUCACAGCCCUACGAGCCGAUACCCCAUUUCUGGAAUAUUGGUUCAACGAAACGGGGUAUUUUGAUGAUAUGAGCGAUAACAUAACGGGCUCAGCGGAGUUGCGGCGCUGUAGUGGCGCCAACAGCCCCCUUUCUGGGGCUAUUAUCUUUACUUUCGUGUCCAUAUUUUUCUCACUCUCUCCGUAGAUACGAUUGGUUGUAAUUUGAUCUAACGGUGUUCUUAUUUAUUAUUUUUAUCACAUUUCA